AGUUGGAGGGUUAUCCGGUAUAUUAAUGUCUUAUUGAUAAUGGCAGAACAUCCACCACUACUGGAUACAUCUCAGAUUUUAAGUAGUGAUAUUUCUCUUCUAUCUGCCCCUAUUGUAAGUGCAGAUGGAACACAACAGGUUAUUCUGGUACAAGUUAACCCAGGGGAAGCAUUUACAAUAAGAAGAGAAGAUGGACAGUUUCAGUGCAUUACAGGUCCUGCUCAGGUUCCAAUGAUGUCUCCAAAUGGUUCUGUGCCUCCUAUUUACGUGCCUCCUGGAUAUGCACCACAGGUUAUUGAGGACAAUGGUGUCCGAAGAGUUGUUGUGGUUCCUCAGGCUCCAGAGUUUCAUCCUGGUGGUCACACAGUCAUACAUCGUUCUCCACAUCCUCCUCUGCCGGGUUUCAUUCCUGUCCCAACCAUGAUGCCCCCUCCACCGCGCCAUAUGUACUCACCAGUCACUGGAGCUGGAGACAUGGCAACACAGUAUAUGCCACAGUAUCAGUCUUCACAAGUAUAUGGAGAUGUAGAUGCUCAUUCUACACAUGGAAGGUCCAAUUUUAGAGACGAAAGAUCUAGUAAAACGUAUGAACGUUUACAGAAAAAAUUAAAGGACCGCCAAGGAACACAGAAAGACAAAAUGAGCAGUCCACCAUCAUCACCCCAGAAAUGCCCUUCUCCCAUAAGUGAACAUAAUGGACUUAUAAAAGGGCAGAGUGCUAGUGGGGUAACAGGAUCAGCAAAGAGCAAGUCAGGAAAAGGCAAGGGUGGCGCACAAAUUGAUACAGAAAUAGAAGAAAAAGAUGAAGAAACUAAAGCGUUUGAAGCACUUCUUUCCAACAUUGUCAAGCCGGUGGCCUCAGACAUCCAGGCAAGGACAGUAGUACUUACCUGGUCACCUCCCUCCAGCUUCAUUAACGGCGAAACAGAUGAGACUACUGUACCAGAGUUCUAUGGCUAUGAAAUUCUGGUCUCGAGUACUGGAAAAGAUGGGAAAUAUAAAAGUGUAUAUGCAGGAGAAGAAACAAGUGUUACUUUAAAUGAUCUCAAACCAGCUACGGAUUACCAUGCAAAAGUCCAGGCAGAAUACAAUUCUAUAAAGGGAACUCCUUCAGAAGCUGAAAGCUUUACCACCUUGAGCUGUGAACCUGAUAUACCUAACCCACCAAGGAUAGCCAAUCGGACCAAAAAUUCACUCACUUUGCAAUGGAAGGCACCUAGUGACAAUGGUUCUAAAAUCCAAAGCUUUAUUUUAGAAUGGGAUGAGGGAAAAGGAAAUGGAGAAUUUUGUCAGUGUUACAUGGGCUCACAGAAGCAAUUUAAAAUUACAAAACUGUCACCAGCAAUGGGUUGUAAAUUUAGGCUAUCAGCCAAAAAUGACUAUGGUACAAGUGGUUUUAGUGAAGAAGUUUUAUAUUACACCUCAGGCUGUGCCCCUUCUAUGCCAGCAAGUCCUGUAUUAACUAAGGCUGGGGUUACCUGGCUAUCCUUACAAUGGAGCAAACCUGCAGGAACGCCGUCAGAUGAAGGUAUCUCUUACAUUUUAGAGAUGGAGGAAGAAACUUCAGUAAGUAUGGAUAAGUAUUUUACACGAUCUGAUUAUUUGGCUUGGGGCAUUUUUGUUUUAUUUUUGCUUUUGUUUUGGCAGGUAUCUGAAACUUUACUUGUGCAGACUCCAGCUGUGCCUCCUGGCCCAUGCCUUCCUCCCAGAUUACAGGGUAGACCCAAAGCAAAAGAAAUACAAUUACGAUGGGGACCCCCUCUGGUCGAUGGUGGAACACCCAUUUCCUGCUAUGGUGUGGAAAUGUCUCCUAUAGAAAAAGAUGAACCCAGAGAAGUUUACCAAGGUUCUGAAGUAGAAUGUACAGUGAACAACCUUCUUCCUGGAAAGACUUAUAGCUUCAGACUGCGCGCAGCUAACAAAAUGGGGUUUGGACCAUUUUCAGAAAAAUGUGAUAUUACUACAGCCCCUGGCCCACCAGAUCAAUGCAAGCCCCCUCAAGUGACAUGCAGAUCUGCAACUUGUGCUCAAGUGAAUUGGGAGGUCCCUUUGAGUAACGGAACUGAUGUCACUGAGUAUCGAUUAGAGUGGGGAGGAGUUGAAGGAAGCAUGCAGAUAUGUUAUUGUGGGCCUGGUCUCAGUUAUGAAUUAAAAGGACUUUCACCAGCAACUACCUAUUAUUGCAGAGUCCAGGCUCUGAGUAUUGUGGGUGCAGGUCCUUUCAGUGAAGUAGUAGCCUAUGUGACUCCACCUUCAGUUCCUGCUGUUGUGACUUGUCUUCAAGAAAUAAGUGAUGAUGAUAUAGAAAAUCCCCAUUAUUCACCUUCUACAUGCCUUGCAAUAAGCUGGGAAAAGCCUUGUGACCACGGUUCAGAAAUCCUUGCCUACAGCAUAGACUUUGGAGACAAACAGCCCUUGACUGUAGGAAAAGUUACAAACUAUAUUAUAGACAAUUUACAACCAGAUACAACAUACAGAAUACGAAUUCAAGCCUUGAAUAGCCUUGGAGCUGGUCCUUUCAGCCACAUGAUAAAAUUAAAAACUAAGCCCCUCCCUCCCGAUCCACCUCGUCUGGAAUGUGUUGCCUUCAGCCACCAGAACCUUAAGUUGAAAUGGGGAGAAGGAACCCCAAAGACAUUGUCAACAGAUUCUGUCCAGUACCACCUUCAGAUGGAGGAUAAGAAUGGAAGGUUUGUAUCCUUGUACAGAGGUCCAUGUCAUACAUACAAAGUACAAAGACUUAAUGAGUCAACAUCCUAUAAAUUCUGUAUUCAAGCUUGUAAUGAAGCAGGGGAAGGUCCUCUCUCCCAAGAAUAUAUUUUCACUACUCCAAAGUCUGUCCCAGCUGCCUUGAAAGCCCCCAAAAUAGAGAAAAUAAAUGAUCACAUUUGUGAAAUUUCAUGGGAGUGUUUGCAGCCAAUGAAAGGUGAUCCAGUUAUUUACAGUCUUCAAGCUAUGGUGGGAAAAGAUUCAGAAUUCAAACAGAUUUACAAAGGUCCCGACUCUUCGUUACGGUAUUCAAGCCUUCAGCUGAACUGUGAAUAUCGUUUCCGCGUGUGUGCCAUUCGCCAGUGCCAAGACCCUGUGGGGCAUCAGGACCUGGUCGGUCCCUACAGCACAACUGUGCUCUUCAUCUCUCAGAGGACUGAGCCAGCGGCCAGCGCCCACAAAGACACUGUGGAAAGCGUGAGGACCCGGCGGGCGCUGAGUGACGAGCAGUGUGCAGCCGUCAUCCUUGUGCUGUUUGCUUUCUUUUCCAUCUUAAUUGCCUUUAUUAUUCAGUACUUUGUAAUCAAGUGAAAAUAUAACUUUAUUUUUAAUACUGUAUUACAUUUUAUUUUGUCAUGUACUAAAAUUAUUUCUGUAUUGCUUUUACAAAAACAGUGGCAUUUAGCACUGGCAUUGAGACUAUAGUACAUCAUUUUUGCCAUUUUCAGUGCUUAUAUUGUUAGGUAGAGGCUGGCACCUUAUUAGAAUGCAAGCCACAGAAAUAGCAAUUUUGGGGGUUUUGUUUGGUUAGGGCUUUUUCUUUUUUUUCCUUCUCUCUCUCUCUCUCUCUCUCUCUCUCUUUCUCUCUCUCAUAUCUCUCUCUCUCUCUCAUCUCUAUCUCUCUCUCUCUUUUUGACAUGCCUUCUUGUCAAACAAACUUUCUAAGAGGUAACAAUAUAUAAUUGAUAUUUUGACCAGUCAGCAUGAGUGUAACAGUGACAACCUGAUCUGUUUGUUUUAAAGAUUUUACCUAGUGAAUGAUUCAGAAUGAUUAAAAUUUACACUAACAUGCUUUAUAAAAAUGUUAAAGUCUGAUGCUGUGAAAGCAAUCUAGUGCUGUAUUUCUACCUCCUCAUUUGUCUUAAUUAUUUGGUAAGUGAGAUUAUGAUGAAUAACUGGAGGGGCUUAAGCAAACAAAAACUGGAUGAAAGAAUAUGCAUAAAAAAAACUUUCUUGUUGGAUAAAUGUGGAGUUCUUCAUUACAACUACAUAUUCAUGAAUUCACAAAUAAGCCACUCAAAGAAAGCACAGACAGUUUACUUGGCCUAAAUAUUUUAAUGUUUACUCAAAAGGCACAUCUUCAGGUCUUGAGAACGUGGAAAAGAACAGAGGGCUUUUUGAUAGUUACUUUUUUAAAGUAAUCAUAACUCUGAAUUUCAUACAUAUAUAAUUUGGUUUUGUGAACCUUUGAACUAUAUGUAUGUGUAUAAAAACAUGCACAUACAUGUGUGGCAUACAUAUAUAUAAACUAUACAUACCAAGUAUAGAAAUAUAUAUAGACAGACAGGCACACACACACACACACUUGCUCCAUCCAUCUGGUAUACGCUAAUUUUGAAGAACCUCCCAUAAGUUUUGCUGCUUCUCCCGUAAGUACUGCCAUCACCAUCAGAAUUCAUAAUCAAACCUAACCUUUUUGUUUGGGACACCAAAUUCAAAGACAAAAUUAAUUUGCACCAGUAAACUUCAAGCUGCUUUCUAUCUUGAAAAACUAAUGUUUAAUGUAAUGUCUGUUUGGAUACUUCAAAAUUGUUGAUUGCAUGUGGUUAAUGUUGCAUUAGAGCACUUUGCAAUUACAUAAUUCAUUAAUGUUUUGUGAGCUUGCAUUUGUGAGUUAUUGGAUGAUCAGAUUGUAUUUCGUCAAAUGUCACAUUGUACAUCUUGCAUAGAUGUCAAUGACUGCCAGUAAUAAUACAUUUUGUAAUGAAACUAUCCAAAAUUCUUGUUUUAUCACAUCUGUUAUCUGUAAAACACUUGUAACUAGCCUUUUUAAUUUAUUAUUUGAAUUUCAGGAUAGCGAAUCACUAAUUUUUAGUUGCUGAGGUUAGCAGUUUAGUGGUUACUAAGCACUUCUGUCAGUCUUUGAUAAAGGACAUAUGUUUUGUGCUUUGAAGAUCUCUAAAGAAUUUCUCUUAUAUUAGUAUGGGCAUGUGUUGUAAUUGUUUUGUGUCAAAUGAUCCGUGCUGUAGAAAAAAACAUUAACUUUUGUUCAAAAAAGAAAUGGAUAAACUUGGCCUUUCCAAGUGGUAAGAAUGAUCUGUCACUAUAAUAUACUGUAUGUUUACAUUUUAUUUAAAUUUAAUCUCUUAUGUAUAGGCUGAUAACUUUCCCCAAAAACAAAUGAUUGCGAUUGUUUUCUAGAAACUUCUUAAAAGUGCCACAUUUGGCAGUACAAAUGAGUUUGAGUGUAAUAGCCCAGAGAUUUCUAUAUAGUUGAAUGUCUAAAAUGAUAAAAUGUGCCACUGUAGCAGUUACGGUGGCUUAUGUUUUUCAUAGUGAUUCAAAUGAACUCCUAUUUUUGAUAGUAAAUGUCAUUUAAUAGUGUCCUUGCCAUUUGAACCUCACUGCAAAAUUAGUGCAGAGGAGAAAACAAUUUUUAAUGUAAUCUUAAUUUUACCUCAUAUACUGUACAUUCCAAAAACUCUAAACUUUUUAAAGAUUAUAGAUACACUACCAAACAUAUCACCUUAAAAUUGUAUAAGGUUGAACUUCAUACAAAUGAAAAAAUAUAAUCUCAUAAAAAUACAUAAACUAUGUAGCAAAAGUAUCUUUAAAAUCCAUGGAAAAUAAAAGUUGUAUCAUUCUUUUUUGA